AUGCAUAGCUGGCCCAUCUCAGAUAAACCGAAGCCUAUAGCUCCACCAUAUGUCAGGAUGCCAGGAAGGCCAAAGAAAGAAAGGAGAAGGGACUCAACUGAAAAACCAAAGAGUACAAGAAUGUGCAAGGCUGGGACAGUCAUAAGAUGCAGGACUUGCAAAGGUGUUGGCCACAACAGAGCAACUUGUAGUAAGAGAAAUGGUCCACCAUCAGCUUCAGGACCAGCAGCUUCAGCAUCAGGACCAGCAGCUUCAGGUGCAGCUCCAGCAUCAGGUCCAAGUGCCAAGCUCAUCAUGUCAAGUACCAAGUACAGCUCUUCUAGUGCAGCAGGUGGUACAAGCAAAAGGAAAAGGAGUAAGGCUCCAUCAAAAUCAAAGAAGGCAAAGGUAGAUGUUACUAAGACAUCAGCCAUGGCCAAGGUGUCCACAGCAAGAGGUGGUGAUGCUUCUAUCAAGCUCCAUGCACAAGUUCCCCUAUCUCAAGCCAGCUCCAGUGUAACUGUUAAUGUAUCCUCAGGAUCAGCAUUUACUAAGGCCAAAGCCCAGGAACCAUCAGGGAGGAGAAAGACAACAAAACCUGCCAAGUUCAGUGAAUAUUUGAUGCUACCUUCUGCUGGUACUAAGUAA